UAGAGUCCACUUGGCCUAUCUAUCACUGAUCAAAAAGAAUCUUUUUUGUGCUCUAAACAAGCAAAUAGCUUUGUCUUCAGGCAAAGCAAGACUUGGUAAGAUGGUUCAAAGGAAGACUACUUGUCAAGCAAUCAAGUCUCACAAUCUCCAACCUGAAACUCGGUUUGGACCAGAGAUGAUGAUGAUGAUGAUGAAGCGAACAAAACCUAAGAGGAAGCUUAAAGACAGUUCUGUUUCUCAAUCAGGUAAGACACAGUCAACACCAAGUAAGCAUGAUCUUGUUGUUAAAGGAACAGGCCGGUCACCUAAUUACAUGAAAGGCACAUCUAGCUCUGAGGCAAGGAUGGAGAACAAGAAAAUAUUCAAUCCGAAGAACCAAAUCGGUCUAAAAGAGAGGUGUAGUAACAAACCGGGUUCGAGGAUCGUUAGGAGUUUGACAAAGGCUCCGAGUUUCAAGAGAUGUUCACAGAGAGCUACUUGUUCCUCGACUCUUAAAGAUUCCAAGUUUUCAGAGUAUCUGACGCUUAACCAUGGUGGAAGUGAUGAUGGUGAAGUUAGUGGAACCUCGGUUUUGAGAGUCUGUCCUUACACGUAUUGUUCACUCAACGGCCAUCUUCAUAAGCAGUGUCCUCCUUUGAAAAGCUUCAUAUCCUCGAGGAGACAGAGUUUGAAGUCUCAAAAGUGUGUGAAAAUGGAAGCUUCUAAGGAUGAUUCUCUGGAGAUGUAUGUAGAGGAGGAGAAAGAGUGUGAGAAUGCAGAUGGAGGAACUUGUGAGGUUGAUGUUGAGACCCAAAUCUCGGAGACUUUCUCUGUAGGAGCACCUCGUUCUGAGACUGAUUCUGAUGAGUACUCAGAGAUUGUGAAGUUUUCGGCACUUGAUGAUGACAUCGAGUUACAAGAACCUGAUUUGGCGGAGACUCUUGUAGCAGAGACUGUGAAAGAGAUCCAAGAAACUAAUGAUGUUGGUGCAGAGAUGGUGAGGGCUCCAGAAGGUGGUCAUGAAACUGAAUCAAGAGAAUCUGAUUUGGUGGAGACUUUAGUAGCAGACUAUGUGAAAGAGAUCUUAGAGACUACUUGUGAGGUUGAUGAUGACUCUGAUAGUGCAGAGAUGGUGAGUUCUUUAGAAGGUGAUCAUGACACUGAGUUAAAAGAAUCUAACAUGGAGGAGACUUUGGUUGAUGAAUCUGUGAAAGAGAUCCAAGAGGAAGCAAACAGAGAAGAAGAUGUUGAUCAAUCUUGUUCCUUUUACUCUGAAGCUAUGGGUAUGAUGAUGAACUCAGAAGCUGAUGAAGAAACACUAAAGGAUAGCAAAGAGGAGUCUCAGGACCAAACUGAAGUUGUCCGGAUGUUAGAGGAAACUACAAAGGUUCCAUAUAGUCGUAAACAAAGGCCAUGCAACCAAGAAGAAGAGUUAGAUUCCACCGUUUCAUGGACUAUCAUCAAAUGCAAGAAACCUGUGGUAGACACUGAGGAUCUGAGGGAGUUCAACCCAAGGGAACCCAGUUACCUUCCUGUUUCUGUUGAUGCGGAUGCAGAGAAGGUUGACCUCAAGCAUCAGGACAUGGAUGAGAGGAAAAACUCAGAGGAUUGGAUGUUUGAUUAUGCUCUCCAGCGUGCUGUUACCAAACUUUCCUCAGCAAGGAAGAGGAAAGUCGCACUGCUCGUGGAGGCAUUUGAAACCGUGAAACCUGUUGUGCAGCAUGGUAGAGAACCUGAUCCUGUAUUGAGCUAUGGAAGACACCUUCAGACAUGCAGUUAACAGAGGUCAGAGGAUGAUUGAAGGAGAGGAGGAAUGGCUUUUUAUUAUUAACUAGUAAGAUAAGAACCAAUGAGUAAGGGGGCAAACUUUGAUGGUUCAUUACCUUAAGCUCUUUGUGUGGUAGUUAUAUGAUUGAUAUAGUCCUCCUUAAUCUGUGAGGAGAGGGCUCAGUGUGUGAUUGCUUUGAGACUAAUUUAUGGGGAAAUUAUGAAUUCUAUACUUCUACGUAAGUAUGCAACUAUUUGAAAUUGUGAUUGAAAUGAACGCUGUUGUUGAUUGUCAUUCAACAUUAUGGAAAACAAAAGAACAUAAUAAAAAUCA